AUGAACUGCCACAGUGCGGGGGUGGUCACCCAGUCUAAGGCAGAAUUGGGGCGACAUCAGGAAAAGAGCAUCGACCUCCAGGAUGUGACGGUAUCCAACCAGGUUGAACAGAAUUCCUUGGGCGGGGCGGGGGGUGGAUGGUGUGGCUCGAAGCCAGCUCCGCCUCGUCCUCUCCGGGCGGAAGUUUUGGCGCAGCUACCGGAAGUCUUCGUGGGUGGGGCGGGGCCUGUGCGGCAGCACGGUGGGAUAGAUAUGGCUACCGAGGGGGAUGUGGAGCUGGAGUUAGAGACUGAGACCGGCGGCCCAGAGCGGCCUCCAGAGAAGCCACGGAAGCAUGACAGCGGCGCGGCGGACCUGGAGCGAGUCACCGACUACGCGGAGGAGAAGGAGAUCCAGAGUUCCAAUCUGGAGACGGCAAUGUCCGUGAUUGGAGACAGAAGAUCCCGGGAGCAGAAAGCCAAACAGGAGCGGGAGAAGGAACUGGCCAAAGUCACCAUUAAGAAGGAAGAUCUGGAGCUGAUAAUGACAGAGAUGGAGAUCUCACGAGCAGCAGCAGAACGGAGCUUGAGGGAACACAUGGGCAACGUGGUAGAGGCUCUUAUUGCCCUAACCAACUAAUUUGUUUUCUCAGACCCACUCACUGGAUUAUUUUAUUUCAAUAAAGACUUUACUUUUUUUGCAGUUA